AAACUAAACAGUCCCGUGUUCACGCACUUUUGCAGAUUUUACACCGGGUAGUACCACGUACUCACAUGAGUAACAGGACACACAGCAAUGCUGACCCAUCAUAUCCCACUUCCAGCUGUGGUUUCAUCAGGGUCAAGAGAGAGAGCAUAGACUGUCAAGCAGCAAAGACGGCGAGACAGAGGAGAUCAAUCAAUGUAUUACCAGCCGAGCUGAGCUGAGCUGAGCUGAGCUGAUCACCCUCUCUCCUUCCCCCACCGUCCCCGUUCUCUCUCACAAGAAUCACUCUCCUCUCAGAUCUCACAGCCAAAAAGAGAGGAGCUUUAACCGCCGGGUACGGUGGGCUCAAAGGUAGCCAUGGCCAGGCGGCGGCCACCACCAUUCCACGCCCGUGUCGCCGCCGCCGUGUUCCUGCUGCUGCUGCUGACCCCCGCCCCGACCUCCCAGCUCGGCCUGGGCGCCGCCAUUGCCGCCUGGAUCCACGGCUCGCCGCCUGCUCCUCCUAGCCCUAGCACUGACGACGACACCGCCACCGCCUCCUCCUCGGGCGCGCCGGCCAGCAGCCCACGGAGCCAGGAGUACGCGGCGCUGCAGGCGCUGAAGGCGGCCGUCACCGAGGACCCCAAUGGCGCGCUGUCCUCGUGGCAGGGCGCCAAUGUGUGCGCCUACAAGGGCGUGUACUGCUCCGCGCCGCCCGACGGCGCAGCCGCCGCCGCGGCCGGCGCGUUGUCCACGGUGGUCGCCGGCAUCGACCUCAACCGCGCCAACCUGAGGGGCACGCUCCCCGACGCGAUGUCCCUGCUCGCGCACCUCACGUUCCUGCACCUCAACAGCAACCGCCUCGGUGGCGCCGUCCCCGACACGCUCCGGGACCUGCAGUACCUGACGGAGCUGGACCUCAGCAACAACCUCUUCUCCGGCCCGUUCCCGUCCUCCACGCUGCUCAUCCCGUCGCUGGUGUACCUCGACCUCCGCUUCAACGCCUUCUCCGGGGAGGUCCCGCCGGAGGUCUUCGCCAAAGAGCUAGACGCCGUGUUCCUCAACGACAACCAGUUCGAAGGCCAGAUCCCGGACACGCUAUGGGGUUCCCCGGCGACGGUCAUCACGCUGGCCAACAACCACUUCACCGGCGCCGUCCCGGCCGCCUACGAGUUCGGCGCCGGCGGCGGCGGCCGGGUCCGCGAGGUGCUGUUCCUCAACAACAACCUGACGGGGUGCGUGCCGGAGGCGCUGGGGUUCCUCCCCAGCAUCGAGGUGCUGGACCUGAGCUACAACGCGCUGUCGGGCCACGUCCCCGGGACGCUGUCGUGCCUGUCCGGGAUCGAGGUGCUCAACCUCGCGCACAACCAGCUGACCGGCGAGCUCCCGGACCUGCUGUGCGACCUGCGGCGGAUCACCAACCUGUCCGUGUCCUUCAACUUCUUCUCCGGGAUCAGCCAGCGGUGCGACCGGCAGCUCGGGAGCCGCGGCGUGUUUGACUUCGUGGGGAACUGCGUGCCGGGGAGGGACAUGCAGCGGCCGCAGCCCGAGUGCGACGAGUUCCCGGGGGAAGGAGGACUCAGCUGCCUCCACAUCCCCGGGGCGCGCCCAGCCGGGUGCGACGGCGGCGGCGGCGGCGGCGUGACUAUUGGCGUCGGCGUUGGAGUUGGUGUUGGCGGGCUGCCGUUCGGCCUGCCUGGCGCCGCCGCCGGAGGCGUGGUCACCGUCACCGUGCCGUGAUCUGCCGCCGGGGGCGGGGCCGGCCACCUUGCACCUCGAUCUUUCUUUGGGUUUCGUUUCUUCCUUUUGCUUUCGGGAGGCAAUUUAUUAACCUCGAUCAUCGGCUUUGGCGUAACGUACACAUCGAUGGUAAUGGGGUGAAUAUUGGUUGGUUCUCGGCUGGUUAAUACUCCCAUUUUUCGCCA